GGCGGGAGCGCGGCUGUUUGAAAGCGAGACAUGGCGGGGCGGCUGUCGGAGUCCGUCGGGUCCGGGCCGGGCGCUGAGGCCGAGACGGCGGCCGAUCCGGACGCGAAGCGGGACGUCCUGGAGCACCUCUGCGCGAGGACGCAUCUGAAGCAGCUGGUGAUGGAGUUCGACACCGCGUGCCCCCCCGAUGAAGGGUGCAACAGUGGCGCGGAAGUAAACUUUAUCGAAAGUGCCAAAGAAACUUUGGAAGAAGUGGGGAAAGUAAAAAGUGCCUUUGAAAGCAAAGCAUUAGUCAUAAAAAGGAUCCAGCUUAUGGAUGCUCUGAGAAAGAGAGUGAAAGAAAAUGAUGGUUGCGCACGACUGAUCGUGGAAACAAUGAGAGACAUAAUCAAGCUCAACUGGGAAAUAAUUCAAGCUCAUCAGCAAGCACGUGUGAUUAGAGAGAAUUUGAAUGACAUUAGAAGGAAAAGAUACUUUCUGAAACAGGCCGAAGGAGAGAAGGCGCUGCGAAUUUUUACCACAGUGAGGAAAAAAAAGGAAGUAGUCAGAAUGAAAAUUGCUGAAAAGUUGAAGUUUAUCCAUAGGAAUGUACAGUAUGAAAGGAAGGUGACUACGUUAGUUCAAAAUAUACUCCAGAAUAUCAUAGUCGGAUGCCAAAUCAACUGGGCGAAAGAUCCAUCUUUAAGAGCAAUUAUUCUACAGCUCGAGAAAGAUAUCUCCAUUCAGAAUCUCUUGUAGUUGGGAAGAUGGUGUUUGACUGUAGAUGUACUUAGUUAAUACACUAUAUCUUGUUUAGUAAAACCACCCUUUCAGCGUGAGAUUCCAACCUUUCUGAAAUUUCUCUUGUCUACAGACUCAGAACAUAGCCAUGCCACUGACUUUUCCAAGGUGAUAUUGUAACUUGGUAGACAACAGGUAUGACAGUACCUAUGGUGUAGCUGAGAAAAGGAGCUGCAGAGCCAGCUUACAGCUGUGCUAUGCCAAGAAUUCAUUUCCCCAUGAAGUGCAGCAACAGUACAAGAAAUAACCUGUGUGUUAUGAGCACUUAGACAGAGGGGCUGACGGUGUGGCCCUGCUGCCUCCCUGCACGGAGGAAAGGUGCCCGCGUGGCUCCGUGCCACCAGGCUGUGGGCACCGUACCCCAUGUAGAGCUCAGACUGCACGGCUUAGGUAUAGCCUUAUUUUAAACUCUGGAUGUUUUCUGUAUGCUCUGAAGUGUGUCUCUGCACUGCACGGUGGUUUGCUAGGGUGAGCACCCAGGAAUUAAAUAUGGGCUGCUGCUGCAGUCCCACCUGGAAAACAGGACCGAGGUGAGGGGAGCAGCUUCAUGCGUGUGAGCGGUGUCCCACCGCCUUAAGCACUGACGACUACGUGCCUAACCUGCAUUCGAUCCGCUAAACCUGUCUGCGUGUAACGACCCAAAUAAAGCGCUGUUUCUCCUA